AUGGCCCCACGAGGGCUAGCUCUGGCCUUUCUCAUGGUCCUUGUCCUUGGGCUGCUUGCAUGGGGACAGAAGGGCCCUAGUCCCAAGAACCAGGGGGAAGCCAAGGAAGCAGGAGGAUGUAAAGCUCCCUCCAACUGGGACCUCAGGCUGCAGUUUACCCCAAACCGGAGCAGCUACGCCUUGAAUGAUUUGGUGGAGCUGAGCUGUCCUGGGGACUAUGUGCCAUCGGUCACCCAGAUCAGAUGCAUUUCCAGUGGGACCCGGACCCUGUGGAACACGAAUGCCACCUGCAAGGAAACGUGCCAAAGGUUGGCUUGGUGGGACCCAAGACUCCGGAUGGCACCAGCCCGUGACAGUUACAAGAAGAAUGAAGAAGUGACUUUGAGCUGCAGCAGUGGCUUUCAGCCAUCCUUCACGCACAUCAAGUGUGCAGGAAAAGCUCAGACAUCAAAUUAUUCUGGAUCUCCAAACAGAAAUGUGUGGCUGGGGAAGGACAGCAGUGGUGCCUGGAUCCAUGUUCAGGGGAACAUAGUGUGCAUUGAGGUCCUCCAGGUUGUCCCUGGGUCCUUGCAGAUUUCCAGCACCAGCAUCAAACUGAACUGGAUCUGCAGGCUACCUGAUGCCUGCCACAACGUUUGGGCCAAGUGCCGUCUGGAAGAUUCAUCCUCUGCUUGUGAGGCUGAGGAAGUGAAGGAAACAGAGAUGCUCCAAGGCCAGGAAGGAACAUUCACCUGUUCCUCUCUGCAGCCCUUCACUGUCUACAGUAUCAACAUCUUGCUGCCUCCCAGCACGAUCCUGUACACGCGGCUCCUUAGGACAAAGGAAACAGUGCCAGACAAACCAGAGCAGCUGUGGCUGGAUCCCAGCACGGGGUCCCUCAAAUGGAAGGCGCUGUCCUCCUGCAAUGGGGACAUCAUCGGAUACCAGCUGAACAUCACGGCCUGGAGAGUACGCGACGGCAGCUUCCUUGAAUUCAAGCAGGUGUUGUUGAACCACACUGUGACUCAGUACAUGCCACCUCUUCAGACACCUGGCAGCAAAUACAUGGUGACAGUGCAGGGCCUUACAGCAGCUGGUGCUGGGGCUGGGUCACUGCUGGAGUUUCAGAGCUACGUCUCGGAGGGAUGCCAGAAACCGCUGUGGGACCCCAAAUUUAUCUUUGACCAAGAACGGGAUACCUUCAACAUAGAGGAAGUCGUGAAGGUGAAAUGCCCCGAGGGGCACAGGCCUCCCCCCAUGGAGAUCAAAUGUGCAAAGCAGACCCCAGAGAAAGGCUACACGAUUUCUCGCAGCAGAUGGCUUGUGGGGAAUGGCACAGGCCACUGGCACCUUAUGGAGAGGAACCUGACCUGUGUGGAGGUCCUCCAGGUUGUCCCUGGGUCCUUGCAGAUUUCCAGCACCAGCAUCAAACUGAACUGGAUCUGCAGGCUACCUGAUGCCUGCCACAACAUUUGGGCCAAGUGCCGUCUGGAAGAUUCAUCCUCUGCUUGUGAGGCUGAGGAAGUGAAGGAAACAGAGAUGCUCCAAGGCCAGGAGGGAACAUUCACCUGUUCCUCUCUGCAGCCCUUCACUGUCUACAGUAUCAACAUCUUGCUGCCUCCCAGCACGAUCCUGUACACGCGGCUCUUUAGGACAAAGGAAACAGUGCCAGACAAACCAGAGCAGCUGUGGCUGGAUCCCAGCACGGGGUCCCUCAAAUGGAAGGCGCUGUCCUCCUGCAAUGGGGACAUCAUCGGAUACCAGCUGAACAUCACGGCCUGGAGAGUACGCGACGGCAGCUUCCUUGAAUUCAAGCAGGUGUUGUUGAACCACACUGUGACUCAGUACAUGCCACCUCUUCAGACACCUGGCAGCAAAUACAUGGUGACAGUGCAGGGCCUUACAGCAGCUGGUGCUGGGGCUGGGUCACUGCUGGAGUUUCAGAGCUACGUCUCGGAGGGAUGCCAGAAACCGCUGUGGGACCCCAAAUUUAUCUUUGACCAAGAACGGGAUACCUUCAACAUAGAGGAAGUCGUGAAGGUGAAAUGCCCUGAGGGGCACAGGCCUCCCCCCAUGGAGAUCAAAUGUGCAAAGCAGACCCCAGAGAAAGGCUACACGAUUUCUCGCAGCAGAUGGUUUGUGCGGAAUGGCACAGGCCACUGGCACCUUAUGGAGAGGAACCUGACCUGUGUGGCGGUCCUCGAGGUUGUCCCUGGGUCCUUGCAGAUUUCCAGCACCAGCAUCAAACUGAAUUGGAUCUGCAGGCUACCUGAUGCCUGCCACAACGUUUGGGCCAAGUGCCGACUGGAAGAUUUGUCCUCUGCUUGUGAGGUUCAGGAAGUGAAGGAAACAGAGAUGCUCCAAGGCCAGGAAGGAACAUUCACCUGUUCCUCUCUGCAGCCCUUCACUGUCUACAGUGUCAACAUCUUGCUGCCUCCCAGCACAAUCCUGUACACGCGGCUCCUUAGGACAAAGGAAACAGUGCCAGACAAACCAGAGCAGCUGUGGCUGGAUCCCAGCACGGGGUCCCUCAAAUGGAAGGCGCUGUCCUCCUGCAAUGGGGACAUCAUCGGAUACCAGCUGAACAUCAUGGCCCGGAACACGUGGGAUGGCAGGUACCUGGAGGUGGAGCGGCUACGGCUGAGCGGCUCCGUCACUGAGCACCCGCUGCCUGAGCACUGGCCCAGGAGCAGCUUCGUGGUGAUGCUGCAGGGAGUCACGGCUGCUGGAGCGGGGGCUGCGUCACGGUGGGAGUUUGCAUCCAGCAGCUCAGUUGCAGGACAGUUUCCAGGCUCGUGGCCUAGGUUGGCAGUCAUUGUAUUGGUGGUGGUGGUGGUGGUGCUGGUGCUCCAGUCUGCUGGGAUCCUGUGGUUUGUGGUGUCCAGGAGAAGGAAGGCCUUGCCCAGCAAAGCUGAGGAAGACCACUACACAGAACUCCAGCCCUAUGAGAACUUGGAUAAUUACUGUGUGAUCAAGGAGGCUCUUCGGACAGAGGAAGAUGCAGGUAAAGGUGGCCAGGAUGGAGAUCCAUUGCCCAAGACGUUGCCUUUCCUUGAAUCCUCGGAAGAUAGUCAACAUGGAGAUGAGCAACAAGGGAGAUUAGAAGAUGAGAAGUGUGCCAAAGGCCUCGCUGGGACUCAAGACUCAGACUGGCACCAGACAAGGUGAAUUACAGGAAAAAUGAGGAAGUGAUGCUGAGCUGCCCUGAGGGUUUCCAGCCACCCUUCACCCGUGUCAAAUGUGCGAGGGAAGUCCAGU